AUGGAAAAUUUAAAGCGAGCAAAGAAAAGUGGAACGCUGAGUAGGCUGGGUAAGUCAUUACGGGAGAAGUGCGAAAAAGAAUGGGAAGCUGAAAACAUUCCUGGAGCGAGUACAAGCGAAGCACCUACAGUUGUUGAUCUUCCUAUUCCUUACGAGGAUAUUAAUCAAGAGGAUCAUACGGAUGAUCCUUAUAUCGAUAUGGCAGAGUUUGAGGAAGAAUGGCUAUCUUUUACAGACGAUGAUAGCAGAGAAGAGGACGAUGAGCAGCAUGUAUCCAAUAAUGAAGAUGAAGCGCAACGAAAUGGAACAUUUUCAAAACUAUUGAGAUUAUGGGCCCUAUCACACAAAAUCACGCAUGCUGCCUUAAACGAUUUGUUGGAGAUAGUUCGUGAAUCUACGGAUUAUUAUGUUCCGAAAGAUGCACGGACUUUCUUGAAGACUCCCGUUGGAAAUGGCAAAGAAAUUUCAAUGGUAGCAGGUGGACAGCUAUGGUAUCAAGGCAUUGAAAACGCUUUGCAAUACCAUUUCAGAACUAUAACGCCAACUCUAAAACAAAUUUCGGUAAAUCUUUUCGUUGAUGGGCUGCCCCUACAUCACAGUGGACCUACACAAUUAUGGCCCAUACUGAUGCAACUGCACGAGCUUCCGGAGGAGCCUAUCAUGGUAUUGGGCAUUUUUUGUGGCUCGUCAAAACCUGAUAACGUGGAGCAAUAUCUACGUCCAUUAGUGACAGAUAUAAAUAACGUUAUAAAGACUGGAAUAACUAUCAACACUAACAAAAUUGAACUAAGCCUAAGAGCCAUUAUCGCUGAUACUCCUGCACGAGCGUUCAUUAAAGGAGAAGCCUAUUUCAACGCUGCAAAUGGGUGUAUAAAAUGUAAGAUUGUGGGUCGACAUGACAAACGCACCCGUAGAAUGAUCUUUGAAGGAGUAGCAGCUGAAAGGACCGAUGCAGAGUUUAGAAGCGGACAAUAUGCUGUUGGACAUCAAAGACGACCAACACCCAUAACGGAUAUAAUAGGAUUAGAUAUUAUUAAGCACGUCCCUGUGUCUGACGAUCUCCACCUAUUACAUUCCGGGUUCAUGAAAAUGUUUUUGGUAGGUCAUGUUGAAGGAACUUUGUCCUCGUUUCUUAAAUGGACAAUAGAAGAACAACAAGAGAUUUCGACCAUUUUGCUUAAAACACGUUUGCCAGUAGAGAUAAAUAGAGCUAUGAGACCGCUUAAAUAUUUAAAGUUUUGGAAGGGGUCCGAGUUUCGAACAUUUCUUAAUCAUAUUAGCAUACCAUUAAUGAAAGGAAGAAUUCACGAUGAUGCGUAUCAUCAUUUUAAGCUCCUAUAUGUUGCUGUAACGUUCCUUUCUAAUAAACAUUUUGAACGACAUUGGGAUUAUGCGGCAGCUCUUUUGCAAAAGUUUGUCACAGAAUUUAGUUUACAUUAUCACAAAUCUUUUUUGACCAGCAACAUACACAAUAUUUUACAUAUAGCUAAUGAUGUACGCGAAAUCGGACCUCUUCCUACGAUCUCCUCCUAUUCAUUUGAGAACAGAUUGCAGUUCAUAAAAUCGUUAUUACGGACAGGUCAUAGAACAUUAGCUCAAGUAGUAAGUAGAUUAAUAGAGCUUAGAGAACUAGAAACUAAAGUCAACCAUGAAAAUGUAUCAUAUCCAAUACUAAAACAUAAGAAAGACGAGGUCAUCUUUAAUGUAACAUUAAAAUUUAUGUUAAGAAAAGGGGAUAGAAAUGGCUGGUUUUUAACAAAGGAAAAUCUAAUUAUAAGGUACUGCAGCGUUAAAAUAAUAUCAGGAUCAUAUGUUGUAGAAGGACAGCAAUUAUUGCGUAUACAACCAGCGUUUAGCUAUCCGAUUUCUUCAGAAACCGUGUAUAACUUCCUCGGUAGAGUAGAAGACAUUUCAAAGGAAACAGUUCUGGUAGAUUUGAGUAAUAUCAAAGCUAAGCUGGUAGCGGUUUCUGUUGAUGGCAUCUCGUUUUACUUUAGUCCAUUAUUGCACACGUUGAUGGAAUAA